GGAAGCGUCUCUCCUCCCACGGGGGGCGGGGAGGGAAGAUGGCGGCGCCCAGCAGCCGGUGAGGACACGGGGAUCCCGGGGAGCGGCCAGACUCGUGCGUUAUGGCUGCCUCCCCGCACACUCUCUCCUCACGCCUCCUGACAGGUUGGGUAGGAGGAUGUGUCUGGCAUCUAGAAAGAAGAUCUGUGCAGGAAUCCCCUCACAAGUUUAUGCAUCUUUUCAGGAGCAUCAACAAGCAGUGGAUUACAUUUCAGCACUUUAACUUCCUCAAGCGCAUGUAUGUCACACAACUGAGCAGAAGCCUCAACCAGCAAGUAAAACCGAAGCCAGAACCAGUGGCAUCUCCUUUCCCUGAAAAAACAUCUUCGAGUCAAGCCAAAGCAGAAGUAUAUGAGUUGAGACCUCUUUCACCUCCCAGCCUAUCUUUGUCCAAGAAGCCAAAUGACAAAGAAUUGAUAGAACUGGAAUCUGCCUCGAUAAGUGAAGGCUCAGUAGAUGUGGGAAAAGAGACAAAAGAUGAGAGGCAGUGGAAAGAGAUGAAGCUGCGUGUGGACGAUAUACCGGGAAUUUUGGCUCGGCUGUCCAAAAUCAAACUCACAGCUCUCGUCGUCAGCACCACCUCAGCUGGGUUUGCGUUAGCUCCGGGACCCUUUGACUGGCCCUGUUUCCUGCUUACUUUGGUUGGAACAGGCCUUGCAUCCUGUGCUGCCAACUCCAUCAAUCAGUUUUUUGAGGUGCCGUUUGAUUCAAACAUGAAUAGAACAAAGAACAGACCUCUGGUUCGUGGACAGAUCAGCCCGUUGCUCGCUGUGUCCUUUGCCACCUGCUGUGCGCUUCCAGGAGUUGCCCUUCUGACCUGGGGUGUGAAUCCGCUCACGGGAGCCCUGGGGGUCUUCAACAUUUUCCUGUAUACCUGCUGUUAUACCCCGUUGAAGAGGAUCAGCAUUGCCAACACGUGGGUCGGAGCCGUGGUUGGGGCCAUCCCACCAGUCAUGGGCUGGACGGCAGCGACCGGCUGCCUCGAUGCUGGAGCGUUUCUUUUGGGAGGAAUCCUCUACUCCUGGCAAUUCCCUCACUUCAACGCGCUGAGCUGGGGCCUCCGCGAAGACUACUCCCGAGGUGGCUACUGCAUGAUGUCCGUCACGCACCCAGCCCUGUGCAGGCGCGUCGCCCUGCGCCACUGUCUGGCCUUGAUCGGACUGUCCGUGGCAGCCCCCAUCCUGGAUGUCACCACGUGGACCUUCCCCGUCAUCUCCCUCCCCAUCAACUUGUAUAUUUCCUACCUCGGCUUUCGGUUCUACAGGGACGCGGACCGCAAGAGCUCCAGGAAACUGUUCUUCUGCAGCCUCUGGCAUUUGCCCUUGUUCCUGCUCCUCAUGCUCACCUGUAAGCAGCCACGAGGUGGGGGAAGUGACAAGGGAGAACCUCAAAGCUGAAAGCGCAUUGGCAUGUGGGGAAGAAACCAAACAUACAGGGAGACACAAUUUUUUUUCCCUUUGCUGUUAGACAAGAACAUUUUGGUAAUUCUGGAGCUCAAGAAGAGAAAUUGCUGGGUUUAAUGCAAGAUUGUAAAAUGA